CUAACAAGUGGGAGGAGCCUCUUUCCAGAUCGGCUCCCCGAGGCUAUUUUUCGGGUUGUCCAGUCCUAAGGGCGAGCAUUGUUUCAAGGAGUCAACCCGGUUCAGAUUUUCCAUUGCAGUGUCUCUAUGGUUCGAAAUUAAUCAGUUUCCGCGAACAAGUCUAAUGGUUAAUCCAUGUUUAAAGGUUACGUGUUUAUUGGAUUUUCAAGUUUGUUGUGUUUAACUUAAAAGAUGCGCUCAGAAUGUUUGGUAAAGGGCAACCAUUUAACCUAACGCUUCAGCGCUGGCUGGCCCUUAACCUCGCUGACAGGCAAGGCCCUACCCGACAGAGCUCACAGAGCGAACGACACCUGCAUACAGAGGCAGACAGUGCAAUUAAUGCGGCAGCACCUCGAGGGAUAGACAAUGGAUACAUUUGCAUUGGAUACAGCGGCGGUAAUGAAUGGGUCCGCGCCAUCGCCACCAUUGUUCUGUCGCUUGCUCUUAGUUUUUAUCUGUCACCGCUCUCUGCCUCCCCUCUCCUUCUCCCUGCUUAAUAUCUGUCUUACAUAUCUUGUUCCCUUAUACCUUUCCCAUAAUGGUUCUUCCUUAUCGUUAUAGUUAGGAGGACCGAAAUGACAUUGGUAAGGUUUUCAUGAGAAAACGACCGAACUGAUUUUGACGAAAGUUGUUUUCCGUUGUCACAUGAAAGAACAUACCAGGUGUUUUGAUAUGAAUCCGGAAUUUUCGUAAAGAGUGUAUACGUUUAUUCCAUAAACAUGUUAAUGGGGAUAUUUUACAUUGUAUAUAUACAAUAAAAAGAAUCUUUCGAAAAAAAAACCUAAAAUCAUCACUAUGAAACAGUCGUGAGACUGGUGAUAUUAAACGUAUUGAAAACAAUGGGAUUUUCUGGUUUGGAGAAACUACUAAAUAAAGAAGGAGAAAUACUAAGAAAUAUUAGUAUAAUAUGAAUUAUAAAAUAACAUAAAAAUAAAAUUGAAGUUAUAAAACUUGUGAAUAGAAAGUACAUAAAAAUAUUAAAAACAAUUAUAUAAAGAGAGUAAACAAAGUAUAACGUAGUAACAACCCCCUAAACUGAGGUAAAUAAAUGGUAAUAAUUAUUUUUGAUAGGGAAAAAUUGAAUGUAAGAAGGAAAAUGGAUAUUUAUGAACAUAAUUAUGAAUAUAAUUCUACUGUUCACUAGGAAAGAUAGAAAGAAAAAGGAAAAAUAAUAAUAAAAAAGAAGAAGAAAUAAUAGACCUGCAGGAACUGUGAAAAAAAAAUAUAAAAAUAGAAACUUAUGGAUGUAUGCAGGAUGUAGUUUCGGUUGAAACUGGGGAAACCAUGGGAAAAGUAGCUAACCUGGUUGGGGGAUGGUGGCGAUAAGUAGUUAACAAAGUGAAAACCAGGAAUAUUACAAUAUCUAAAAUUAGAAGAUAUUGAUGGAUACAACAAAAUACAAUAUCUAUGAACUAAUUAGCUAUACAUAUAAGAAAGAAUUAAGAAGUUAUAAAUAAAAGUGCAAUGUGAAUACAAAAUAAAAAUGAAAGACUACACUGCUGAACUAAUUUUAAAAUAUAAACAAGAAGCUCAUAUAAAUUGUUAGAAUUAGAACUAGUUUUGAUAUAUUGUAAGAAAAUCACAUUUGAAUAUAAGAUAUAAUUGAGAAAUUAUAGAUAAAGGUAAAAUAAAAGGUAAAAUUAUAGAUGGUCGUGCAUAGAUGUAGAAUGUUAAUAUAUAAAUAACACGAGAGAUCAUACAAAAUGAAAAUAAUGUAUGUAAUAGACAUAGAAAUAGAUGUAAUGUAAUAGACCAAGAAAAGAAGAAGAAUAACAGAGAAACUGGCCUAAAAAAUAACAGAGAGCUGAAUGAGGGAACUGAAAACUUGCUAAAUGAGGUUCUAAUUUGGGCACAUGAAAAGAAUGAAUGAUAAUAAGUUUAACAAACUGAUACAAAUAUCGAAGUCAAAACAAAAUGGGGGAUCGAAGAAACGGAGGAUAACCCAAUCAAAUUAAACAGGAAAUAGCAAGACGUGGUAUUACAGAAAAACAACACCAGUGCAGAGAAAUAUUCCGAACAUUCAUUAAGGUUGUAAUGGAAUAAAAGAGAUUUGAAGGGGAAAAACAGACAAACGAAAGAGAUGGAUGAAGGAGAUGACGAAGAGAAUGGUGAGAAUAUGAUGUUAUAAGAAAUUCGAGAAAUAAUAAAAAUACGGUACUUAGAUGACCAUCAUCAAUAAAAAUAAAAAUGUUAAAAAAUAUUUUCCAUUGCUAGCUAUUUAAAUAUCUUUCAUUCUUUUUUCCCAUCUCCUUGGCAAUUUAUGUAUGCCAUACCAGAAAAGGGUUGCUAUU